AUGGAACGUUUGCCGCCCGAGGUGCUCCUCAGCAUCUUCGAGCUGCUCGUCGUGCCAGCCGACCGACCAAUUGUCAAGCUUGGGCCAGGUCCAUCCCAGCCGUCCUUGUCUUUACGUGCGCCGACGACGCGUCGAGUCCAAGCCAACCUCGUCCAAGCCGCUGCAUCGCACUCGUCCUUCACCUGGCCCGCACUCGCGGCACUCUAUGGCACCGCGCCAUGCGUCACCUCGUUGCAGAGCUUGGCCGAGUUGACCACCCUACUCUCGGAACGAUCUCGUACGAAGGUCUAUCGAAACCACCAAUUCCUCACCAACUUUGAGCAUGGCGCCAAUAACCUGUGGCCCAAUCAAGAUCAACGUGACGACGUCGUGGACUGGUCAUUGUCAAUCCACUCGCUCUACAUCGUGUGUCUCCGAACGAACGAGAAGCACUGGGGCCCCGCCAUCGCCCGCUUACUCUCUCUAGUACCCAACUUGCGAAAGCUGGUGCUGCAUAGGAUCGAUGACUUGCGACCAAAACAUAUUAUGGGCUCAGGUGGUCAGUCCGGAUCUCAAUCAGCACCGAGAGCCUCACGACGGUACUCCCGUCGCUCACACGUCGUCUGUUCCCUUCCUGGCUUGCUCCAGUACUCCAAAACUUGGUCAUCUCGGCAACUUCGUUCAAGGCUAAUUCGCUCCCUGCACCUGUAUCUUGGGCUCAGACGUUUGCCUCGAUCACACACCUAGCCUUGCGCAACAUCGGUCUACCACAGCCUUCGACUCACGUCGCUACCGGGCUCAGCAUGUGUUGCUCGACGAUCCAACAUCUGGAGCUCGCGUACCUAAGGGAUCUUAACGAGACGCGGUUCGCCCAGCUGCUGGCCAUCCUCGCAGACGAUUGCCCUAGACUGGAGUCACUGGACAUGGACGGGUUAUCGGUUGCCCAGGUGCACACGCUCUGCUUCCCCAGCGGGCUUUUCCUUCCUAACCAAGACGACGGCGACACUCCCUUGCUCCGACGCAUACCGGUCACCCGCCUUAGGAUUGUGCUGAAUCCCGUGGAUAUGGUGCCCGUGCUGUAUCAUCUCCCUUCCACGCUGCGGGUGCUCGACCUCAGGACCUUCUGGAAGGGUGACGAGCUGCUUAGUCUGCAACGCGAAAGGCAGAAGACGAUCGGCGCGAUCAUUGCGGAUAUCCUCGCAAAGAGAUUUGACAGGCGGCUGUCGGUAACGUUGUCUGAUCGGCCUGAUGCAGAUCGGGUGCAGAGCGACUUUGAUUCUCUGUGGCUCCGUUCGGAGGCACAAAGAUCGGCCGGAGGUGGAUAG